GGAGGUAGCGUAUUUGAAUAGUGAAAAUGGCAAUGCCUUGAAUACCAUCAUCCUGAAAAAGAUUUGGCGGGAUUGAGUCACAGCAUCAGUCUCUCUCAGGGGAUCUUUCUUCCUUAUUUAUAGUUUAUUAUAGCAAAGGAAUGCGAUGGAUGGCAACAACACAAGUUCGGCCCAAGUCAUUGCAGAAAUGAUUGGAAUGGGUUUUGAUUAUACCGAUAUCAUGGAAGCCAUAAAAGUAGCGGGUCCAUCUAUUCCCAGCGCCGUGGAACACAUUCUCAACUCUACUGCCCGCACCCCCAAAUUGCAUGCACACAACGGGAGGAAGAAGACCGUUCUCAGAAAACAACCUUUUCGCUCGUGCCGUCAAGUUCGACAGUCCAAGAUAUUCGACCAUUUCCACUCCAAUGAUGCCAAGGAGGAAUCCCCUCAAAUGGGAGUUGAUCCCAAUCCAAUUGUGCUUUCAGAGCCAUUUGAAGCUCAAGAUUUGGAUAUUGCAUAUGAUUGGGAGCAGAGAGUUAGCCUUCUGAUGCAAAAGCAUUUUGGUUUUUCAUCCUUGAAGACUUUUCAGAAGGAAGCCCUCUCUGCCUGGCUUGCUCAUAAAGACUGUCUUGUCCUCGCUGCAACAGGAUCUGGGAAGUCUCUGUGCUUUCAGAUUCCUGCAUUGUUGUCUGGGAAAGUGGUGGUUGUGAUUUCGCCCUUGAUAAGUCUCAUGCAUGACCAGUGUUUAAAGCUAACAAGACACGGAAUCAGUGCUUGCUUUCUUGGGUCUGGGCAACCUGACGAUACUGUUGAGCAGAAAGCGAUGGGGGGCUUGUAUAGUAUAGUGUAUAUUUGCCCGGAGACUGUAUUAAGAUUGAUUGAACCACUGCAGAAGCUUGCAGAAAGUCAUGGUAUUGCUUUAUUCGCCAUUGAUGAGGUACACUGUGUUUCUAAAUGGGGUCAUGAUUUUCGUCCAGAUUACAGACGACUGUCUGUGCUGAGGGAAAAUUUCAGUGCUAGCAAGCUAAAAUCCCUGAAAUUUGAUAUACCUCUGAUGGCCUUGACAGCUACAGCUACAAAAAGAGUUCGAGAAGACAUCUUAAAAUCAUUACACAUGUCAAAAGAAACGAAUGUUGUUCUUACAUCAUUUUUUCGAUCUAAUUUGCGUUUCAUGGUAAAGCAUAGUCGAACAUCACAGGCUUCUUAUGCGAAAGAUUUUCAUGAAUUGAUUCAAGUAUAUGGUAGAAAGCAAAAUAUGACUGGAAAUGAAAAGUAUUUCAUCUCAGAUGAUUCAGAUCAUGUUUCUAAUAGCUCUGAUGCCAGUAGUAUCUCUGAUACAGACAGUGUUUCACCUGAUGACAACCAAGAUGAUUAUGCUUAUAAAGAUAUUAAUAUAAUGCACUCAGGAAACACAGACGAUUUUUUAACAGGAAGAGAAUUGUCUGUUGAUUUCCUGGAAAAUGAUGUUGAUGUCUUUCAGAGUGUGGAUAACUCAGAUGUUACCUGUGGUGAAUUUUGUGUACAACCUGCUCACAAGGAAUGGGAAUUAUCUGAGACAAUUGAUCCACCAAAGAAACCAGAAGGAAGACUUAAAUUUCUUAAAAAGCCUUUGGAACAAGGACCAGCAAUCAUAUAUGUACCCACCAGAAAAGAAACACUGAGAAUUGCAAAGUAUCUAUGCAAGUUUGGUGUGAAAGCCGCUGCUUAUAAUGCAGGACUUCCCAAAUUGCAUCUAAGAAGGGUUCAUGAAGAGUUUCAUGAAAAUACUUUAGAGGUUAUUGUUGCUACAAUAGCUUUUGGAAUGGGUAUUGACAAAUCAAAUGUCAGAAGAAUCAUUCACUAUGGUUGGCCACAGAGUUUAGAAGCCUACUACCAAGAAGCUGGACGGGCUGGUCGAGAUGGGAAAUUAGCAGAUUGCAUUCUGUAUGCAAACCUGGCAAACAAGCCAUCGCUUUUGCCUAGUCGGAAAAGUGAAGAUCAGAUGAAACAAGCAUAUAUCAUGUUGUCUGAUUGUUUCAGAUAUGGAAUGAAUACUUCAUGCUGUCGAGCAAAGAUACUCGUUGAAUACUUUGGAGAGGAUUUCAGUCAUCAGAAAUGUCUCUUAUGUGAUGUGUGCAUUGAUGGUCCACCUCAAAGGCAGAAUGUAAAAGAGGAGGCCUGUAUUUUACUGCAAACUAUUGGAGCCCAUAAUGAAUGUAACAAUUAUUUGGAUUGCUCAUAUGAUGAUGAUAUACAUUUUCACUCCAAACAUAGAGGACUGAGAGAGAGGCCAAAUCUUCAGAUAUUGGUUGGCAAAAUAAGGCAGCAGUUUCAGAAGUUUUUAACCACUGAUAUAUUAUGGUGGAGAGGUCUUGCUCGAAUUUUGGAGGUUAAAGGAUACAUCGGGGAAGGAGAUGACAAGACCCAUGUUCAGGCAAAAUACCUGGAGCCAACAGAAUUGGGAUUGGAAUUUGUGAAGUCCAUGAGUGAGCAAGAUUUCUAUGUUUACCCUGAGGCAGAUAUGUUGCUUGCAAGGAAAACUAACAAACCAUUUUCCUCAUUCUCGGAAUGGGGAAAAGGUUGGGCUGAUCCUGAGAUCCGGCGUGAGCGCUUAGAAAGAAUGCGAGUCAAUAGAAAGCCAGGGAUGCUGCCAAGUCCCAAGAAGCAACGUAAGAGAAAAGCUAGAAAAGGUUGGGCUGGUUUGAGGACUUCUCGUGGUAGACUGGCAGCAAAACUCUCAAAACACAAGUGAUAUUUUAUAUAGCUAUUAAUACAUCGCACCAUUUACUCAUUAGCACCUGCAAGUGAAUUUUUUCAAUAUUAGUUGUAAAGUCAUGAUCAAACAUUAUGUGCUUUUCAUUUUUUUUCCUAUGUGUGUUUCUCCGGAGGAAAGCAGCAUAGAUAGCCACUGAUCGUGCUAAUACUCCAAUUAUGCAACCCAUGGAUAGCGGUUACACCAAUUAAAACAAAGGAAAAUCAUGAUUAGCGAAGACAUAUUUUUAUUCGCAUUUUUACAGUGUUGGUAUUCUUUAUUCUACGAAGUUGUAAUUUACGUUUAAUAGCAUUAUAUGAUAAGUUAGGUUUGCUUCUCA